GAUAUCUUUUGUCAUUGGUUCGGUAAACAAGAGAUUCAAUUGUGGCCGAUUUUUGGUUAAUGUUCUUCCUUACCGCUGUUGAUACUAUUGUUGUUGCUUUGUCAAGAGCGCUGCCCACAACUAUAAAAGACGCAGAAACACCAACAAGUAACAGAUAACAACUAGAAGACAGCAGCAAGAUGGUCCUUUCACGUUGCCUAAUCUUCACUGCAGUGCUAUUGACCCUUCUAGCCUCUUUGCCCAUUGAAGCACAGAUCCUGGGCCGAGGCCAAUGCCGCCUCACCAUCAUUCGAGUGUCGGCUGGCGGGUCAGUGUGCGAGAGACUCUGCUUCCGAAGAGACUACCGCGGUCCGCCGCUCUUCUGCCGACGCAUCCCCAGGGACGCAGUGGUUCCUGUCUGCGGGGGCGGUUGUUGUCGCAGCGGUCCCAACUGCCUGCAGCUGCUUUACUCCUAAGGUCCAUUGGCUAUGAGGCACGUUCCACCAAUUCUUACAAAUAUUUAGGCUUUACAUUUUUGAAUAUUUAAAAAAAGCUUCAGCUAA